AUGCUCAGUAACGGGGACAGCGACAGGAAGCACCCGACGGGCUGCUCCGGGGGCGGGAGCGGCUCGGCCCGUGCCCCGGCCAUGGAGCGGGCUCGGCCGGUGAAGGGGACCGUGUCCGCGGUGAGCCUCGCGCUCAGCGUCCUGUCGCUGCUGCUGCUGGCCGCCGCCAUCUCCAGCGACCACUGGUACGAGACCGACACCCGCCGGCACAAGGACAACUGCGACCGGCACGGAUCCGACUCCAACGACCAGAAGAACCGCGAGAUGCCCAUCUACCACCUGCCGCUGGUGGACACCGGCAGCGGCGUGUCGCGGCAGCGGGACGUGGCGCUGAUGAAGCCCGUGCAUGUGGGCAGCCGAGAGGAGGAGCUGCUGGAGAACUGGAGGGCGAUCCUGGGGAUGGGCAUCCUGGAGACGGAGUGCGGGAGGCCGCUGUUCUCCUCCCACUCCGGCCUCUGGAGCAAGUGCUUCUUCAAGGGCCUGGACCCGGACAUCGACAAGCUCAUCGACCGGGGUAUUGCUGAUCGAUGCACCGCUGUCAAAUAUCACUUCUCUCAGCCAAUCAGAUUGAGGAACAUCCCUCUGAACCUGACCAGGACCAUACAGCAGGACGAGUGGCAUCUGCUGCACCUGCGGCGGAUCACCGCAGGGUUCCUGGGGAUGGCAGCAGCCGUCCUGUUGUGUGGCUGCAUCGUGGCGUCGGUCGGAUUCUUCUGGGAGGAAAGUCUGACUCAGCACGUGUCCGGACUGUUGUUCCUCAUGGCAGGAAUCUUCUGCACCAUCUCUCUGUGCACGUAUGCAGCCAGUGUGACCUAUGACCUCUCCAGGAACCCCCCGUUCAUCUACGGUCUGCCGGACGACGUGGAUCACGGCUACGGUUGGUCGAUCUGCUGCGCCUGGGCCAGUCUGGGUCUGACCGUGGCUGCCGGCUGCCUCGGCACCACCUUCCCUUUCCUGAGUCAGGCUGGAGCUCUGCGAUCCAAAACCGCUCGUGCAUCCUCCGUCUGA